CUUUCCUGCGGGACGUCGGAGGAAACCCGCCCGGCUGUUAGCAUGAUGUCUUACCUCAAGCAGCCCCCGUACGGCAUGAACGGGCUGGGGCUGCCGGGCCCGGCCAUGGACCUGCUACACCCCUCCGUCGGGUACCCGGCCACCCCGAGGAAGCAGCGCCGGGAGCGCACUACCUUCACCCGCUCGCAGCUGGACGUGCUGGAGGCCCUGUUUGCCAAGACUCGCUACCCCGACAUCUUCAUGCGGGAGGAGGUGGCCCUGAAGAUCAAUCUGCCCGAGUCCCGAGUGCAGGUCUGGUUCAAGAACCGCCGCGCCAAGUGCCGGCAGCAGCAGCAGAGCGGCGGCGGAGCCAAGAGCCGCCCAGCCAAGAAGAAGUCAUCGCCGGCCCGUGAGAGCUCAGGCUCGGAGAGCAGCGGGCAGUUCACGCCGCCGGCGGCCGCCUCCAGCUCCUCUGCCUCCUCUUCCUCCUCCAGCUCGGCCUCUUCAGGGGCUGCAGUGGCAGCCGGGGCUGCCCCGGCCUCCUUGGGCACGACGGCCUCGUCCAUCUGGAGCCCGGCCUCCAUCUCUCCUGGUGCAGCCCCGGCGGGGGUGACGGUGCCUGAGCCCCUGCCGCCCGCCGGCGCGUCCUGCAUGCAGCGUGCGGGGCCCGCAGCCUCCGCCAGCUACCCCGUGUCCUACGGCCAGGGCGGCGGGUACGGGCAGGGCUACCCCGCACCGCCCUCCUCGUCCUACUUCGGGGGAGUGGAUUGCAGCUCCUACCUGGCCCCCAUGCACUCCCACCACCAUCCCCACCAGCUCAGCCCCAUGGGUCCCUCCUCGGUGCCGGGCCACCACCAUCACCACCCUCUGAGCCAGAGCUCAGGCCACCACCACCACCACCAUCACCACCACCACCAGGGCUACGGUGGCACCGCGCUGCCCUUCAACUCCUCCGACUGCCUGGACUACAAGGAGCCGGCCGCCGCCGCCUCCUGGAAGCUCAACUUCAACUCCCCCGACUGCCUCGACUACAAGGACCAGGCCUCCUGGCGCUUCCAGGUCUUGUGAGGGCCCGGCCCCACACCGACCCCCACCCCAGGCCUCCUCCCCGCUUCGGCAGCGGCCCCGUCUCUCCUGACUGAUAUUUAUUUGCGUCCCGCGCCCCUCCGGCCGGGUUCUUAUAAUUAUUAUUUUUUUAAACGGAACGGAAGAGGACUUGGAACACAAAAACCCAAAGGCUCCCUGCUCCUGGUUGGCCGCGCUCCUGGGAUGGAUGAACACCGGCUCCAGCCCAGCGCUGCAGCCGUUCCCUUCAGCUGAUGCUCCUGGGCCACCGUCAAUGGCGAUGAACCCAAUGCAAAAAUGCAACUUUAACAUUUCCUUCUUCUUUUUUUUUUUUU